CGUUACGUUAUCAGUCAGCUUUUAUUCCAAUUUUUAAUUAUUCCAUUAAGAUUACAGAGAUCUAUUAUAUUUUUUUAGUAAAUAAUCUUAGAAAUUAUAGGGUAAAAAUAUAUACUAUUUGUUUUACCAUUAAGUAAUCAUCAAACUAGUGUCGAGUGUUAGACGUGACAAGUGUUUGUUCAAAUAUUCAUAAUGGUAAAAAAUCAUUGAUGGGUAUUGUUUACGAAUUGCGUGGAAUUGAAGAUAUCACCGACUGCCUUUGGAUAUAUUAGGUGUUAGGAUGGAAGGAAGUAACGAUUCGUUGUCAAUUUUGACUGCACCCAUGAGCGGGUCGUCUGCGGUGCUGCUGACCCCGGGGCGGACGAGGAACAUCGCACAAGAUAUGGAGGCUCUGAGACUGUCGCGACAGGACAACCCAUUUUUACAGCAAGUGAUCAAGGCCAGCAGGGAGAGUUUGAUAGAGAGCCACAUUGAUGAGUGUGAAUCUGAUGACACCAUUUUAAUGUCACAGGACUUUGGCAGUACAGCACUAGACUUUGUAGAAGAAGACCCUUUGACCUUGAAAGAGGUCCAUGAACAUAUGAUCAGGUCCCCUCCCCCUACAAGCUGCUGGUCUAAUGAGUCGCUCUCAUACCGCGCCGCGUCUGCGUUCGAGUUUGGCGCCGACAGUCCCGUGUCGUUUAGCGCCUACUCCGUCGCGCAUGAGAAGGAUUGUUCCCGUUCCCCCCGUCGUUCGCGUGCGUCGCGCUCGGCCUCUCCACGUUCCCACGAUUUAGCUCUCUGUGGGAGACCGCUCUCCUUGCCAGGUGAAAGCCACCUCCGCAACGCCCUAAGCAAAAAAGUGCAACCGGAGCGCUUCUCCUUACUGCAACAUCCUCGUCCAUUACGCAGACCAGUGCGAGGGGACGACGAGAGCGUGCAACUCGUUCCCGAUGACAAGUAAAGUAGGAAAGAAUAUUGGUGUUUAUUGGUAAUAGAUGUUGGCCCUAUUGUUGGGUUACAGGUUAUAUUGGUUACCGCAUUGUGCGAGAACACUUAACCGAUGACAAGUAAAUUAGGAAAGGAUAUUGGUGUUUACUGGUAACAAAUGUUGGUAUAGGUUAAUUCAUGAACAGCUAGCGCAAGAUUUGUACUGAACUAUCUAAAUCCUCAUAUCCUUGCCAGCUUUCGUGAAUCGAUCUAUAGUAUAGUUGUGAGGUUAUGUUGGUUACCGUAUUGUGAAGUUUACAAUCUUAAAGGAUAUGUUGGUAUUUUUAGCUCUUCUAUGAGGGAACAUCCCUAUAUAUGUUUCAUAUUAUAGGAUGACGGUAACACUUUGAAAGGGGAUCAAACCUACAGAUAAUAUUGGUAACCCUAUUAUGAGGUGAUAAACCCUAUUUACAAAAACGUUAUCAUAAAGCCAAUCGGGCAGCUCUAUUUACUGAAAGAUGUGUAACCUUUUGGUGAUCUUGGCCAAGCUUUUUACAGAAAAUGUCGAUAUUCUUAUGGUCUCAAGUAACUAACAGUUACCACAACAGUAAAAUUCGCAGUCAAAAACAACCUAAGUUACCAAUUACAUAAAACAUUGACAGUUGUUCUAAAUUACUGGUUACCCUAUAAAAAAAACUGGUUACCAAUUUAAAAAAGCUUUUAAUUUUCCUUGGAAUAAAAAAACAUGGUAAGCACGACAGUUCUAAUUUAUUCAAUACGUAAAAUAUACACAGACUCCACUAAGAAAAAAGAUCCUUAUCGUGUUUAUAACAAGGACUAUAGGUUUAGAAUAUUGUCUGAAUGGGAUUGGAUGUCUAUUAUGGGUGUAUAUGUCAAUGAUAGUCUUCUUGAAUAAGGAGUCUUCCUUUUGUGUUUGAAAUAGACGAUUUUCGAGCAGAUAUAAAACUAGGUAUAUCCGUAUAAGCUAAUCGCCAAAUAUCACUAAUAGUUAGCACAUAGUACUGAUUUUCUGGAAAUUUAGUCACCAGCAAUGAAGGCUAUAAUAAUAUAAUAAUAAUAAAACUGAUUUUCUGAAGCCCUAGAAUGCUAAAUGUAAAGAUAAGUACCGAAGUUAUUUUGCUACUGGCAGUGCAAUAUGAACUUAAUUGUUCCAAUUUUGGGGUUUUCUAUAAUAAGCUAUAUGACCUAUUAUGGAAAGUCCGAUAUACCUAUAAUAAUAUGUAUAUAGAAAUUGACGUUGUCUUUUUUUUCGG